AUGUUUGUAUGCCUACUGGUGACUGAAGCUCGAGGAAUCCUGCAACAGAUACAGUGGGUACUACAAGGGGAAGCCAUGGCCUUAUUGAUCGGGCGCACUUGGCUAGCGGUGUGCUGAGUGAGGCAGCAAGGCAGCCAUUCCAGUAAUGGCGAUAAGCUGCAACACAACGAAAACGAAAAUUUGCUUUCGAUAUUGGAAAUAUUUAUUGUGCCUUUGAUGCUCUGUGGAUGUGAACAAAAAGCAGUCUGCCUUACUGUCAUUGCCAUUUCGCGUUUCUAUGGUGACCAUUCACGGGGUCAUGUGGAAGGGUGUUGUCUGCACGGUGCUUGUAUUGUGCCUUGAGUGUGCUUUUUGUGGGGACAAAAUAUGUUUGAGAACCUAGACACAUGAACCGUGGCAAUCAUGGCUGUUACCUCUAUAGAUCUGCAUCUCGAAGGGGACAACCAGGUAUAUAUCUCCGGCCAGAGGGUCAAGGGGUCACUGGUCCUACACAUCGGUUUGCCCGUCAUUAUAGCAGGUGUGGAGGUCCGUUUCCGUGGAGCAGCGCGUGCGAAGUGGAGCGAGACGGUCCAGAGCGGUACUCAUCGGACAGACAUUGAGCACGAGAAGGAAGAAAUCUACUUCGACGAUAGGUUUUGUCUGUGGGGAAAAGUUAACGCUCAAAGUCGAUGGGAAGGCAGAGAAGUGCUACAGAGAGGGCGCCAUAUGUUUCCGUUCCAGUAUAAGGUACCAGAGGGCGUACCAUGUUCCUUCGAAGGCCCUGAUGCUCACGUGCGUUACAAUGUCCAAGGAAUCAUCAUCCGAUACAAUGGAGAAUGUAUAUCAACGCAGCGCAUCAUUAACGUGCUGCGAGACUACGAUCCGAAAAAGGAACCAUGUGACUUGUCGUCUGCUAAUUCGACACAGCAUCCAUUAGAGGACCACUCGGAGCGGUCAGUCCACACGUUCUGUUGCCGACCCGGACGAGUGUCCUGCUCCAUCUCGCUACCUAAACGUGCCUACGUGCCCGGAGAGAUACUCAGGGCAGCAAUCACUGUACACAAUCUGUCCAUCCGCAAGUCGGGCGCAGUAAGCCUCCAACUUAAACAAAUAAUAUCCUACGGAGGGGUACACACGCGAACCAUGCUUCUAAAGGAUUUAAAAGUGUGUGACAGCUUAAGGCCGGGGCAGCAUCGUCACUGGCGAGAGUACCCGCUACGCGUGCCCUCGCUCUGCCCUUCGCGACUACACAUGUGCAAGGUGCUUGACCUGCGGUACUGCGUGGCGGUAAGUCCGGCCGAGGUUGAGGCCAGCUUUGCCGACACGGUGCUAUACGCUGCUGUGCCAGUAACCAUAGCAACAGUACCAGAUAACGACUUUGAGUGUACUAAAUGGUCGUAUAAAUAUGGUGCCCCUCCCCUAAUGACGGAUGAUGCUGUAACAGACUGUUACAUAUAUGGGUGUACGCGUGCAGAGUCUGAAGAGGAGGAAUUUAAACCCAAAUAUAAAUAUUUUGAAGAUUUAAGAGAUAUACGAAGGGAAAAGGACAUUCUUUUAAAAUUGCGCCAAAGUCCAGGCAUAAAACGUAGGAAAGACAAGGAUAAGACUAAAGGAGAAACGAGCAGACCAUGUGUCAAAUUAAAAUCCGACGAAGUGUCGUCAGCAUCACAGGCUUAGCAUGUCAUAUACGUCAGAAUGUGAUGUGUGAAACGUCACAGUAUACACAUAUGUGACGAAGUGACGUCAAACAGGCGAACGUAUAAAAUAAAGUGAAAUCAGCCAAAACAAUAUAAAACGUCACUCGUGGGAUAAAGUGACGUCAUAUUAACUGAUACAAUACGUCAACUAUGAGAUGGAUUAACGUCAACCAAGGAGUCGUAAUGUAUUACAGCGUAUCGUGAAAAGGCAAGUCUGUUAGAUGCACUACGUCACAUGUGUUUUGAAUGGCGUUAGUUUUUGACACAUAAAUAUGACGUUGAGACACUUCAGUUGGCCAAUGGGAUUGGAUGUGUGAUGAUGUGACAUCGUUAUAGCAAACAUCAUACGUCGUCCAAUUGUCAGGAAGUGACGUCAGCCUGUACGACGUUACACGUCAUCAAUGCGAUGAAAUUAUGUCAGUAUUGUAUGAAAGACAUACUAAAUUUCGUCAUUUGGCAUAAUGAUUGCAGGCAUACUUUCUAAUAGUGACGAUUCAUUUCAAUCCAGCAGGUUCAGGGUUGUAAUCAUUAAUGUAUGUGGUUCAUUGUCUGUAUCGUUGAUCGGUACGUAGUUUAGUCGUCUUAUCUAUUGUAAUAUAGUAAUGAAAGUAUAACACUAACCAAAAGAAAGUAUUUGUUCGCGCUUGGUAUUGUCUGAUUCAGUGAACGUCUUUAGAAUACUGGUGAUGUUUACCGUUGUCGAGGGUAAGGAACAUGCCAGAUGCUGUUUGCGUUUCUUUUAUACAGGAACUAGGUCCAAAUUAAAUCACGGCUGGUAUUUUAUUAUUACUGUAAGCUACACAAAGUUCAAUAAAGGAUUUUCUAUUUUUAUUAUUGUUUUAUCAACAAGGUAGGUUGGUAUAAUUUAUAAAGGGGAAUACACCAGGAAAUGCAUACAAAAUAUCCUAUGUCUGUUAUUGUUUCAUAGUUUAUAUAUACAUAUAUAU